AUUUUUUAAAAUAACAUCGUACAAAUUUAACACAAAAACAAUUAAAUAUUAAAUUCACAAAAUUGAUUUUAUAUAGCUAAAAAAAUUUAAGUAUAACAGUGUAACAACAUAAGUAAUUUUUACACAAAAUUAUCAUGAUUUUUAACUACGGCGGCCAUUUACACAUAAAAGAUAGAUCGUUGGGACAAUUUUUUUUUUUUAAUUUAUAGAACGUAACAGAAACCUUAUUUAUUUAUUUUUAUUAGUCUUCAAUACAGAAGCUUUAAUUUAACAUAUUUUUGAAGGAUGCAGUUUUUCCAGAACAUUGACAUAACUCAAGCUGAAAUAGUUACAUUUUAGUGUAAAAGUUGCUAUUUUGAAGCCUCCCCUUCGGGCAGGUUAAUGGUCAGAUUUAAAAAAAUAUUUAUCCAAAGAAAGAAAAGUACCUAUGGUAGCUCAUAGACACUGAAUGAAAUAAGACACUUCCGUGGAAGCGGUUAAUUUCUGUGUCAUGAAAUAAUUCUUCCAUAACAACGCGUUGUUACAGAAGCCAAAAUAGCAGACAACAACAAACGGUUUGGUCGAUAUACUCGAAUUAAAUUGAAGAAAAGACAGAUUUGACUAUUCUUAAAUAUAUUACGUUUAAAAUUUGUUCUUACCUGUUUAAUUGAAAUGCCACCAAAGAAGAGCAAAAAAGGAAAAAAAUUAGCUCGUAUGAGCGACGAAGAAAAAUUGCGUUAUCUUCAACAUCGAGCUGCUAUUGAAGAAGAAACAAAACGCCGCAAAGAGCAAUUAGUAGCUACUUACUUAAAAAACAAAUUGAAAAGAGAAGAAGCGUUUACCCGACUUAAUACAGCUAAAUUGAAUCAACAAUGGAGACACAAUUUGCGACAAAUGAAAUGCAAGGAACUAAAGGAUGAAAUGGUGACAUUGGAGAACAGAUUCGAAAUAUUAUUGGAAUGCAAAAACAAUCAUGUCGAAAUAUUACUAAAAGACUUGGAAGAUGCCGAAGAACAGAACUUAAAACAGUAUGCCGCUCAUGCUGAAAUAAUUUCACAAUUUCUAAAUUUACAUGGGAAAAUUAUGGAAGAAUUACACGCCCAAUAUGAAAACAAAAAAGGCUAUUUAAUUGAAGAAAUGAAAAACACAUUUGAUCGUAUGCGAGAUGCUUUUACUGAAGACAUUCAACAAUUGGAACUUAUGUCAAUUACAUAUGAAAUUCGUAACGAAGAAGAAACGGAACAAAUCCAUGAAGAUUUUGAGGAUUCGAUUGCUCUAUUAAACAAUGAGAUGUUAUUUGAAAAAGACAGAUUCACAAAAUUAAGGCAUGCUGAAAUCCAAUCAAUAGUAGAGAAAUUUCAAAGAGUUCUAGAUGCUUACAGCGAAGAGACUGAAACUAAAAGAAAUCAUUAUAACUAUUUAAAGAUUCGGGAUCAGGCCAACACAGCGUCUAUAGAAGAAAACGAAAAGCGUAUUGCUGAGUACUCGGUAGUAUUAAAUAACGAAGAUAUAAAAUUGUUAACUCAGCUUUGUGCUGAACGAGAAAAAAUUUACACUGAACAAGAAAACGACUUACGGCAAGAGCACGAUGACCUUACGAAAAAAGUUUUUGUAGCUCGAAAUAGUUUGAAUCAAAGUCAAAACGAGUAUCAAAAAAGAUUAAAAGUUUUGACAAAAAUACACAAGGACGUUGUACAAAAAUUAACAUGUGUUAUGAGUAAAGGUGAAGAAAUCAUGAAAAUUAUUGCAAAUUGUGAUAAGUUAAUGAUUAACGUUGAACAUUUUAAUGACCUCAAAGAUCACGAGGGUUACAAUAAUGAUGUAGAUAUUAUGUCAUCAUUUUGGCAGCGAUAUGCUCAAGUCGAAGUGCAAAACCAAGAACUAGAUGUAAAGCGUUUAAAGUUAAUUCGAGAAAAUAAAGACUUAAAAGCAGCAUUGACAUAUUAUUUCAAAACUAUAGCUCGACCUGCUUCUGUUCAGAAAAAUAUGAGAGAUAGUGGAAUACAGCUCAACCUUCUUCCAGUUAAGGCUGGAUGAACAAAUAACUUUUAGCACAUCAAAAAUAAAAAUAAUUAAAGGGAACCAAUUAAAUUAAACAAUAAUGUAAUUUUUACUAUCUGAUUAAAUUAAAAUAAAAUAAUUAUAAAUAAACAUAGUCGAGUCAAUUGUUUUGUAACUUAAUUUUGUAUUUCACCAUUAGUUUUUAAACGUUUCUUUUAAUAAAUAAUAUUUUCCCAAUU